AUGGGUAGUUGCAUGUCAGUACCUUCUAAUGCAAUGAAAGCACCAAGGAAGCUCCAUAGACAUAUAAUAAAACGCCGUCAAAAGAUCUCAAAUUCAGUAUCUAAUGAUACCAAAAAGAGGAUUAGCAAUGCAGGGGCCCGUGUAACAGAUUAUUCUGUUAGUGAAUUUGUUCAUAUGGACUUUGAAAAUGGUGCAACUACUACUUGCAGACGUUCUCAAGUUUCCAAUUCAGCAUUCUAUCUUACACAGCUUCAAUGGCACCAUAGUCAAUAUGAUGCUGAUGCAAACAUAAUGUGCCAAGAGGAGGCUUAUUUUGAUUCAGUCAGUAUUCUGGAAUCUGAAUCAGAUGAUGACUUCAAUAGUGUUCAUGGAGAUGGAAACAUCUCAUGUGGCCAAGUGCUUCAGUAUGAAAGAUCAACAUGUUUUGUGGAUAACAAGUGUCAGUAUGAAGAAUAUCGCGAAAGUUAUGUUAAAGUUGAUGGAGGUAACGCAGAUAUGUUAAUGGGAAAAGAUGAAAGUGGUUUUGGCCUUGUCAGUUCACAAGGUUGUGGAAUUUCUCGCUUAAGCAAAACUCAGGGAAGCUUUAAAGGUAUAAAAGAAUAUAAACAUAGUUUGGAAGAGAAGACUCAAAAGAAUACACGGAAAUCAGGCUUUCAAUUUUUUACACCCUCUGCUAGUUUCAAUGACAAAACACUGAAUCGGCCAAGCAAAAAGCUGUCAACCAUAUUAAGGCUUUCUUUCAAACGGAGAUCUUGUGACGUAGAGGAACCAACUGAACUUAGUCAAUCAAAAAAAUAUCUAUUUCGUCCCAAAGCAGGACAUACAAUUCCAUGUCAGAAUGGAGAAAUGCCAUCACCUGGAUGUUGGUCUGAAAUUCCACCCUCAACAUUUCAACUCCGUGGUGAAAAUUAUUUCAAAGACAAGCGCAAGUCUCCUGCACCAAAUCAUAGUCCAUACAUUCCAAUUGGUGUUGAUCUAUUUGUGUGUCCAAGAAAGAUACAUCAUAUUGCCCGAUACCUUGAACUUCCAAAUUUUAAAGCCAAUGGGAACAUACCUCAACUUCUUAUUGUAAAUAUCCAGUUGCCUACAUAUCCAGCUGCAAUUUUUGCUGGUGAUAGUGAUGGAGAAGGGAUGAGUCUUGUACUGUAUUUCAAGGUUUCUGAGACACUUGAUGAAAAUAUUUCUUCCCAGUUUCAGGAAAGCAUAAAGAAAUUCAUUGAUGAUGAGAUGGAAAAGGUCAAGGGGUUUGCAAGAGAAUCUGAUGUUGCUUUCAGAGAAAGACUAAAGAUCAUGGUAGGACUUGUCAAUCCUGAGGAUAUGCACAUGAAUUCUGCUGAAAGGAAGCUAGUCAAUUCUUAUAAUGGAAAACCUGUACUUUCACGCCCGCAGCACAACUUUUACAUGGGUCCUAACUACUUUGAGAUUGAUCUGGACAUUCAUCGAUUCAGCUACAUAUCAAGAAGAGGACUUGAUUCAUUUAGAGAUCGUUUGAAAGAUGGCAUUCUUGAUUUAGGCCUAACCAUUCAGGCACAGAAACAAGAAGAGCUUCCAGAGAAAAUACUAUGUUGCCUUAGAUUGAACAAGAUUGAUCUUAGUAACAAUGGUCAAAUCCCCAUGCUAAUGACCCUUGAUGGUGAAUGCUAA